AUGUGUCUUUUCGACAACAGCGCCGACAUAGAUUACGUGACAGUCGAUGAAUCUCAAGGGAGAAUUACAGUGGACGAACUGACGACUUCAUCCAAGAUACCACAAACUAUUGUCUCCUUCAGUAUGGUUCUGUUUCUCGGGCCACAGUUGUUGGUUUGUUUUGAGCGUGGCUUGCAGUAUACUGAACUCCCUAGUGAGGAUGACAUCGACGAGAAAAGCGGAUCCCAGGAUUUGAAAUUAAGCACUUCAAGCCAUAUUGAUGAAAACUGGCCCAAAGCAGGUCAAGUGCAAUUCAACGACUUCUGUGCAUCCUACCGACCAGGUUUCCUGACGAACGUCUUGAAAGGGAUUACAUUCGUAAUUCAACCACAGCAGAAGGUCGGUGUGGUCGGAAGAACAGGAGCCGGUAAAUCGUCGCUAGUCCUGGCUCUUCUGAGGGUACUGAAACCCACGAGCGGCAACAUUUGCAUCGAUGGUAUCGAUAUUCGUAGAGUACCCCUGCGGAGGCUGCGCACUUCACUCACGGUCAUCCCUCAGGACCCUAGUCUGGUAAGAGGCAGCUUGCGAAACAAUUUGGACCCCACGGAAAUGCACAGUGAUGAUGACUUAUGGCGAGUCCUAGAGCAGGCCCAUCUGGCGGAAUUUGUAUUGGCACAUCAGGACAAGCUACUUAUGGAGACAGGAGACGGCGGAUCCAACCUCAGCGUGGGACAGCGUCAGCUGGUCUGUCUUGCACGGGCACUUCUUCGACGGCCCAAAGUGUUGAUUUUGGAUGAAGCAACCUCACAAAUGGACAGUGACACCGACCGCCUCGUGCAAGCCACAUUAAGGAGUAACUUUGCCAGCUGCACAGUACUAACCGUCGCUCACCGCAUACAUACGAUACUGGAUUACGAUAUGGUUCUCGUGAUGGCAGACGGGGAGGUUCAAGAAUUUGGACCCGUGAACAGACUUCUGGCAGAUCCAAACUCGAUCUUCCGAAAUAUGGCUUCGAGUGACGGCGUUGAUCACAAAUUGCUGCGGACUUAG